CGUUUUCAGCGGUAGUUGUCGCUUUUAUUCUCGCGAUAUUUUCGGGUAAGCGGGAGCCCGGGCGACCCGGGCUUCUGUGAAACAUGGCGGUCGGCUGAUUCCGUAACACAAGCAUGACUAUAUGAAAGAAGAAGAAGGUUUUCCUGAAGAUGAGGCGACUGAAUCGGAAAAAAACCUUAAGUUUGGUGAAAGAGUUGGAUGCCUUUCCAAAGGUUCCUGACAGCUAUGUAGAAACUUCAGCCAGUGGGGGUACAGUUUCUCUAAUAGCAUUUACCACGAUGGCUUUAUUAACCAUAAUGGAAUUUUCAGUAUAUCAAGAUACAUGGAUGAAGUAUGAAUAUGAAGUAGAUAAGGAUUUUUCUAGCAAAUUGAGAAUCAAUAUAGAUAUUACUGUUGCUAUGAAGUGUCAAUAUGUUGGAGCAGAUGUAUUGGAUUUAGCAGAAACAAUGGUUGCAUCUGCAGAUGGUCUAGUUUAUGAACCAGCAAUAUUUGAUCUUUCACCACAGCAAAAAGAGUGGCAGAGAAUGCUGCAGCUGAUUCAGAGUAGACUGCAAGAAGAACAUUCACUUCAAGACGUGAUAUUUAAAAGUGCUUUUAAGAGUGCAUCAACAGCACUUCCACCAAGGGAAGACGAUUCAUCACAGCCUCCUGAUGCUUGCAGAAUUCGUGGUCAUCUCUAUGUCAAUAAAGUAGCAGGGAAUUUUCACAUAACUGUGGGCAAGGCAAUUCCACAUCCCCGAGGUCACGCACAUUUGGCGGCACUUGUCAACCAUGACUCUUACAACUUUUCUCACAGAAUAGAUCAUUUGUCUUUUGGAGAGCUUGUUCCAGGAAUUAUUAAUCCUUUGGAUGGAACUGAAAAAAUUGCUGUAGAUCACAACCAGAUGUUCCAGUAUUUUAUUACAGUUGUGCCAACAAAACUACAUACAUAUAAAAUUUCAGCAGACACCCAUCAGUUUUCUGUGACAGAAAGGGAACGUGUCAUUAACCAUGCUGCAGGCAGCCAUGGAGUCUCUGGGAUAUUUAUGAAAUAUGAUCUCAGUUCUCUUAUGGUAACAGUUACUGAGGAGCAUAUGCCUUUCUGGCAGUUUUUUGUAAGACUCUGUGGUAUUGUUGGAGGAAUCUUUUCAACAACAGGCAUGUUACAUGGAUUUGGGAAAUUUAUAGUUGAAAUAAUUUACUGUCGUUUCAGACUUGGAUCCUACAAACCUGUCAGUUCUGUCCCCUUUGAGGAUGGCCACACAGACAACCACUUACCUCUUUUAGAGAAUAAUACACAUUAGCACCUCCUGAGUGAAGGAGAAAAACUUUUUGCCUGAGACAUAAAACCUUUUUUAAUAAUAAAAUAUUGUGCAAUAUAUUCAAAGAAAAGAAAAUAUGAAUGAGAAGUGGGAAUCAUACCUAGGGGGAAAAAAAAAAGAAAAACCCAAACUGAAAUCCUAUAUAUGUUGUGUCUGUUACAAAUGUCCUAGAAGAAAUUAUGCAACUAAUCAGUGAAUAAGCCUAACUGAAGUAUUGCUUUGAAGAUGACCCCUUCUGAUAUUUUCAUAGAAAUGGGCAGUAUCGAAAUCAGAGCUUGCUUCUUGGUGAAAGAGCCUGAAGUAAAGAAGUCAAACCACAUCUAAAGAAAAAGGGAUUAUAAAUGCAAAUGUUUGCAUCCUUCUGUUUUUAAAAGAUAUGUCGGAAUAAAAUAUGUAAAACAUA